AUGUCGAACGAAAGACCGUACGUCUUCAUCCAUGUUAUUCCAUCCAUUGAUGGAAAGAUAACUGGAAAUGUAUUCAAAACAGAAAGUAUGGAGAAAUUAGGUUCAGAAUACUGGAAAACUAAAUUCAAUCAUGAACAUGAUGCCUGGCUUUGCGGAAGAGCAACAUUUGAUUCAAUAUGCACACAUAAUGAAACAAUCGACUUGAAAGGCAUGAAAGAAACAUGUGAGGAAGGCGAUUUUGUUGCUAAAAGAAACCUUAAAAUGGUUGCAAUUGCAGUUGAUCCAAAAGGAAAGCUUGGAUGGAAAGAAAAUGUCGCUCAUUACUGGGGCCAAGACUCAGAUAUAAUUGAAGUUUUGACAAAUCAAUCCACGGCACAGUACAGAAACUACUUGCGCAGCAAAGGUAUUUCUUAUAUUAUCUGUGGCGAUCAUGAUGUUGAUUGGAAAUUGAUGCUAACAAAGUUGAAAAAUAUAUUCCACAUCAAAGCAAUUUGUGUUCAAGGUGGCGGAAUGAUCAAUUGGUCACUAUUAAGAGCAGGAUUAGUUGAUGAACUUUCAUAUGUUAUGGCUCCAACAACAGAUGGAAGAAGCACCGAUGUUUCAUUCAUCAGAAGAAACCCAGAAGACACAGAUUCUCCACCUCUUGAAUUUGAUCUAAUUGAUGUUCAGAGAAUUGGAGAAAAUGGAGUUUGGUUAAGAUAUGCUCCAAAGAAAAAGUAA